AAGGUGGGUCUUGGAACAUUCAAAGCAUGACUCUCAGGCAAUAUGAAAGCUCUCAUUCUUCUGGCUCUUUUUGCUGUGGCCUAUACCGCUCCUCUUGAUGAGGAUGAUAAAAUUGUCGGGGGAUUUGAGUGUACAAGGAAUGGUGUUCCAUACCAGGUUUCUCUGAAUAGUGGGUACCACUUUUGUGGUGGCUCUCUGAUCAGCAACCUCUGGGUCGUGUCUGCUGCUCACUGUUACAAGUCCCGUGUCCAGGUGCGUCUUGGUGAGCAUAACAUUGAUGCUACAGAGGGCACUGAGCAGUUUAUCAACUCUGCCAAAGUCAUCAGGCACCCCCGUUACAACAGUAAUAAUCUGGACAAUGACAUCAUGCUGAUCAAGCUGAGCCAGCCUGCCACCCUGAACAGUUACGUUCAGACUAUUGCUCUGCCUUCAAGCUGUGCUGGAGCUGGUUCCAACUGCCUGAUCUCCGGAUGGGGUAACAUGAGCGCAAGUGGAAGCAACUACCCCAGCCGUCUAAUGUGCCUGUGGGCUCCUAUACUGAGUGACAGCUCCUGCAAAAACGCCUACCCAGGUCAGAUCUCCUCCAACAUGUUCUGUGCUGGCUUCUUGGAGGGCGGCAAGGACUCCUGCCAGGGAGACUCUGGUGGCCCAUUGGUGUGCAACAACCAGCUGCAGGGUAUUGUGUCCUGGGGUUACGGCUGUGCCCAGAGAAACAAACCUGGUGUCUAUGCCAAGGUUUGCAACUACAACUCCUGGAUCAGAGACACUGUCAACUCCAAUUAGGAACCAUACUCAUGGUGUGUUGCAAUAUCAAUGGACAAGCUUAAAUAAAUGUCUGAGAACAAACAUAAAAAA